UGGGUGGGGUCAGGGCCAGGCAUGGCGGCGGGCAGGCGUGGAGCGAUCGCUGCUGCUAUUGCUGCUCCUGCUGCUGCCGCUGCUGCUGCUGCUCCUGCUGCCGCUGCUGCUGCUCCAGCUCCUCCUCUUGCUGCUGCUCCUGCUGCUCCAGCUGCUCUUCCCGUUGCUGCUCCUGCUGCUGCUGCUGCUGCCGUCUGAUCGGCCGUGGCCACCACUGAAGCCCCGAUCCUUGCUGGACCACCCCCCCCCACCCCAGCACUUAAGGUCGCACCCGGCAGGAUGAUGCUGCGAGCGGACAAACGCGACGACAUGGAGGAUGUCCUGGAGGAGCGGCGGGCGUCCAGCGACGUGCGCUUCUCGCUGCGCCGCUACGCCCCCCCGUCGUACCGCUACCACUCGCUGCGCUCGCCCGCCGCGCUCAAGAGCGCUGUGCUCCACUCGGAGCGCCUGCAGGACUUCAUACGGCAGGAGGCUCAAGAGAGCGGAGAGCCUGUGGAGGUGAUCACGGAGCGAGCGAGCGACAUCCUGGAGGAGAUGGGACACAACCAGCGCAUGUGCAUCAUCCGCACGUUCGCGCUCACCCUCAGCAAGACCUUCAAGGCUCUGUUCCGCAGCGUGCGGCUUAACGAGGAAGGCCUGCAACGGAUACAGAAGGCUGUACAGGAGUACCCGGUCGUGCUGCUGCCAAGCCACCGCAGCUACAUCGACUUCCUCAUGUUGUCCUACAUCUUCUACACCUACGAUCUGCCACUGCCGGUGAUCGCCGCCGGCAUGGACUUUCAAGGGAUGAAGAUCGUGGGCGAGAUGCUGCGAAUGGCCGGCGCCUUCUUCAUGCGUCGCUCGUUUGGCAACAAUGCACUGUACUGGCUUGUGUUUAGCGAGUACGUGCAAGCCGUGCUGCGGAACGGAGAUGCCCCUGUAGAGUUCUUCCUGGAGGGAACUCGCAGUCGCACAAACAAGUCUCUCCCACCCAAGCUGGGCCUGCUGAACAUGGCGCUGGAGCCCAUGCUGCGCGGAGAGGUGUACGACACGUACGCCGUGGCCGUGAGCAUCAGCUACGACCGGCUGCUGGAGGAGGCCCUUUAUGCACGCGAGCUCCUCGGGGUUCCCAAGCCCAAGGAGUCGACGUCGGGUUUGCUGAAGGCCCGCUCGGUGCUCAGGGAGGACUACGGCAGCGUGCACCUCUACUUCCAUGCUCCCGUCUCACUCAAGGCCCUGGCCAAUGGCCGCAUCGACUCCAAGAGCUACAACUUGACGCCCAGACACUUGUCCCUACGUCCGCCGGAGAGCACGUUGGUGUUUGCGCGUGACAUUGCUCACCAUAUGGUGCGCACGCAGCAGCACGGCAUGGUGGCCAGCCCCUGGGCCCUCAUCGCCAGCAUCCUCAUGCAGCAUCACGGUGAAAUUGAGUUCUCUCUACUCUUGGCUGAGGUCCAGUGGCUCCGUUGCCUCAUCGAGAAGUUUGGAGCCUUUCUGCACUGGCCAGAGGGACAGCCGCUGGAGGCGGUGGUGCGGGAUAGCGUCAGGCUGCACGGGAACAUCGCGAGCACGCUGCGUCGCGGCGGCGACGGUGACGACGGUGGCGACGCCCGUGCAGGGUCGGAGAUCGUGCGGUUGGCGUGGCCGUGCCAGGCGCCGCCCCGUGACGGCGACGCGGCGCUGGCGCGCGCAUGCGUGGAACUCAUGUGCUCCGCCUACCGCAACCACGUGCUCCACCUGCUCGUGCGCCCGGCCUUCGUUGUCAUGGCUUGCCACGCGGCACCCGGCGGCAGAAAAGAUAUCGUCUACUCCCAUUUCUGCUUCUUACUGAAGCUGUUUGAGGACGACUUCAUCUUCGUGCCGAACAACGAGAUCAAGGACAUGGAGGAGGGGGUGGCGCUGCUGCUGCGCUGUGCGGCGCUGGUGGACUCGGCCGGCUCCCUGGCGCUCGCCGACACCGACGCCGGCGCCAGGGUGGCGCGGUUCCUGCGCGACGCCUUCCGCCCAUUCCACGUCGCCUACCAGGUGGUGUGUCGGUACCUGCUGACGCUGGAGAGCGGCAGCGUGCACGCAGAGGGCCGGCUACUCGCCGACCUCCAGAACCACACCAUGCAGCUCAUCCUCACAGGUGAACUCUUGGAGUACGAGGCUCUGUCCAGCAACCUGCAGAGGAACAUCCUGUCGGCCCUGGUUCGACUGAAGGCUCUGAGCAGGACGAGAGGGAAAGAAGGUGUGCGGUACAAUAUCACCGAGCAGAUGGAAAGAGUGGCCAAAUCGAUUGCGACCUUACAACCCACUCACAGCCAAUUUCAGCCACGUCUCUGAAGACUUGUCAAUGAUCGUCUCGCAGAAAGAAAGCCCGUUUACGCACAAAUGAAGAGCUUGGCACAGUGUUGAGCACUGAGGAGCGUUCAUGCACAUUUUGCUUGCCAUAGUGGUGGUCGUGGAGGUGUUGGCUGUGUUGACGGUAGUGGCGGGAUUGAUGGUGGUAUCGGUGGUGGUUGUGGUGGGCGGCAGUGGUGGUUAGUGGUGGCAGGCCACAGUCGAGCUGGCUUUGGGGCCAUCUCACACGAACUCUGGUGCUGCUGCUGGUUUUGUUUUGGGGUGAACGAUAACGGUGAGGGUUGUUGCGCAGUUAAUAUCACUGGGUGCCUUGCACAUUUCCAUCGGCCUAAGCUGAAUUAGUCCUCUCUAGGCUGGGUAGGAACGACUCAGUACGGGAGCAGUAACUUGUGCCCAUCUGACAGAUGCUUGUGUCGUAACCCUCUGGUCUAUGAAAUGAAAAUAUGACAAGUAGCAAUUGAUUGGCCCAAGGGCAACGCGGAGAUGUCUAAUGGUUAUUAUUAGAAAUGUGGAAAUUCGCCGAUUAAUUAAAUCACCGGUGAGGUGGCCGGGUGGCUCAGGAUUCGGAGAAACCCGCUGAGAAUCCUGAUUUUAAUUCUGGGAUUUAAGCCACCUGUGACAAAAACCGGUUCAAGUAAGUGUAGCAAGUGAAUUAAUCUAUAGACUCAUAACCACUAUAGAUUGCACAUGCACUAAAAGGGACAAGUAAUUUGUAAGUUACGUUGUGACCCUGAAUGGUGACAAUUAAUCGAGACGUUGCAUCGAAAUUCACCGCGUCGUCGCCGGUUUUUAUGCUACCAUGCCGAAGUGCGGUCAUCGUGCUUAAUUGUUUUGAUCGUGCCUGACGGGCAAACAGAUUGACAAGCUCCAACAGUUACUUGCGUGCACAUCUUAUAAUGCUAUGCUGCUAUGUCGUUAACACUUCGCUGACGUUUUCAGAACUCUUUUCCCCUUUCUUGGGGGGUGAGGGCUCGGAAGGGAUGUUUUUUUGCUAAAUGUUGCAAAAUGUAAAUUGUCCGUCUGAUACAGAGCUUGAAUGAAAAAAAAAAUCUGUUUUUGAUUCAUGUUAAAUGCUUGAGUGUGUACUUUGGCCUGUAAGAUGGAUAUUUUAAUGCGGUACAGCGGAUUUUUGCUAUAAAGAAGCCUUUCAAACCAGUUAAGAAAUCCAUUGAGACAUUAUUUUUUAAGGUUUUCUGGGAUUUAAAUAAGAGUAUCGUAAAUAAAUGAAACAAAUGGCACGAUAUUAAAGUCAAAAACAUUUUAUUCAUGUAAUUUUUUAAUGUAAACAAAAGACAAGUAGUAAUCUUAAACAUUUAACAAGACACACAUUUUGCACAAUGCUCAUUUAAAGGAGGCUGGCUACAUUGAUAAGGCUUUCAGUUUUUUUAAGCAAGACGUUUGCAAAUUUAAAAUCUGUGUAUAACACAUGUACAUUAACAGUGUUUUAAUGUUAACUGCAAAACAAUUGUACACGCUUAA